AUGUUGCUGCUGAUACAGAUGGUGCUUCUGCUCGUGGUGUAUGAAGUACAUAGCAUGAAGUGCACGGGGAACAUUUCCCCUCAGAUUCCACAACAGUGGUAUCAGCCAGGUGAAAUCCUAAUUGGUGGAAUUGUAUCUCAUAUUGCUUGUACUUCCCAAGAACUUCUAUUUGAGUGGCACCCUUCCCAGGAUGAUACAUGUUUUCCUGUCUUGAUAACAAAGUUCUACCAGCACAUCCUCACUUUGGUGUUUGCCAUCCAUGAGAUCAACAAGAACCCCAAUAUCUUGCCCAAUGUCACUCUUGGGUUCCACAUCCAUGACUCCUAUAUAUAUCUGAAAUGGACCUACAGGACCACCCUGGACCUACUCUUCACAUCACAAGAACUUGUCCCAAACUACAAGUGUGGCACCCAGAAAAAAAUGAUCGGUGUCAUUGGGGGAUAUAGUUCUGAAACCUCAACAGACAUGGCAACUCUCUUAAGUCGUUACAAGAUCCCACAGUUUUCUUUUGGCUCAUUUGAAUCAGCAGUGGAUAACCCAACCAGUCUCCCUCCCUUUUACCGCACGGCCUCCCAAGAAGCCCUUCAGUACGAGGGAAUUGUCCAGCUAUUUCUGCAUUUCGGCUGGAAAUGGGUUGGGCUCUUCACUAUGGAUAAUGAAGUAGGAGACCGUUUUUUGCAAGCAUUUGCGUUGAUGCUUUCCAGGAAAGGAAUCUGUGUGGCCUUCAUAGAAAAAGCCAUAAUACAGAGAAUUGCAUUCAACAACAGUGCCGGAGAUGAAGUGACCUUUAAUGAACAUGGAGAAUUGAAAGGUGGAUUUGAUAUUACCAAUAUGGUCACUUUUCCAAAUGAGUCCUAUGUCAGAGUCAAGAUCGGGAGGCUGGAUCCUCAGGUUCCACUUAGUAAAAGAGUUACCAUCGACGAGGACAGAAUUCAGUGGAACAGACACCUCACACAGCUGCCUCCCUUAUCUGUGUGUAAUGAAAACUGUAAGCCUGGUUUCAGCAAGAAAAAGAAGGAAGGGGAACCGUUCUGCUGCUACGAUUGUGAUCCGUGUCCAGAAGGGAAAAUAUCAGACGAAGAAGACACAGAUUCCUGCAUGACUUGCUCUGAUGGUCAUUAUCCAAACUUGGGACAAGUCCAAUGUAUUCCCAAGAUUCCAAAUUUCCUUUCCUUUGCAGAACCCUUGAGCAUAAUUUUAACCUUUUUGGCUCUCUCCUUUUCCCUGAUCACAGCCCUGGUGCUCGCAAUCUUUGUCAAAUACAAGGACACCCCCAUAGUUAAAGCCAACAACCGGAGCCUCACCUACUGUCUACUCAUCUCUCUCCUUCUCUGCUUCCUCUGCUCCUUGCUGUUCCUUGGAAGGCCUAAUGAGGUGACCUGCCUCCUCCGACAAACGACUUUUGGCAUCAUCUUCUCAGUCGCUGUUUCUACUGUCUUGGCGAAAACGGUUACAGUCGUGGUGGCAUUUAUGGCCUCUAAGCCAGGAAACGUUUUUCGAAAGUGGGUGGGGAAGCAAUUGGCAUGGUCUAUUGUUAUCUUUUGCUUCUUUGUUCAAGUUGGCAUUUGUGCUGUUUGGCUAGGAUCUUCUGCUCCAUUUCCAGAAGUGGACAUGCAUUCACUGCAUAGAGAAAUCAUAGUGCAAUGCAAUGAAGGGUCAGCCACCAUGUUUUACUGUGUCUUGGGCUACAUGGGAUUUCUGGCCACCGUCUGCUUCAUUGUAGCAUUCCUGGCCAGAAAGUUGCCUGACAGUUUCAAUGAAGCCAAGUUCAUCACCUUCAGCAUGUUGGUCUUCUGCAGUGUUUGGCUGUCCUUUCUCCCCACCUACCUGAGCACUCAAGGAAGAGACACUGUGGCCGUGGAGAUCUUCUCCAUCUUAGCUUCCAGUGCUGGCUUACUAGGCUGCAUCUUUUUUCCCAAAUGCUAUGUCAUCCUUCUGAGGCCUGAGUUGAACAAAAGAGAGCAGCUGAUCAGGAAAAAUCAUUAA